GCCCCAGCACAUGCAUGUGAAUGUGAGGCUACCUCUCUCUAAUUCUAUAAAAUGACGUCUUAAUUCUCUUUUUUCAUUCCAUCAGUUUUUCUGUGGCGGUUUUUUUUUUUUCUUUUUGUCUUUUGAGUUUUUAAGGUCCGAUGUUGUUCUUUCUUUGUUUGAAACACAAGACAGAGUAACGUAUACCAGGUUGUUCUGGUUCUAGAACUAGAAAGAAGAGUUGUUUGUUUCUUCACUUCUUAGUUUGUGGUAGUGGUCAGGGUUGCCGCUUUUUGUUGUUGUUGUUUCUGAAAAGCAACAUAAAUCUCGAAUUGAGCCAUGGCUAUCAAAGGAUUACUUUUAUAUCUGCUGUCAGGUUUUUCAGUAGCCAUUCUCUCUGCACUAUUGAUUAACAAGAACAACGCCAUGAACCAUAACUCAACACUCUUCCACUCCCCAUAUUUAUCCACCGCUGAUAAAGUUUGGCCUGCAUUGGGGUUGAACUGGAGGAUUGUAUCGGCAACAGUGAUAGGAUUUCUAGGAUCAGCAUUUGGAACGGUGGGUGGGGUUGGAGGAGGAGGCAUUUUUGUUCCAAUGCUUACUUUGAUUGUUGGAUUUGAUGCCAAAUCUGCUGCUGCUCUUUCCAAAUGCAUGAUAAUGGCGGCAUCAGCAUCAUCAGUUUGGUACAAUCUUCGAGUGCCACAUCCAACAAAGGAAGUGCCCAUCAUUGACUAUGAUCUUGCUCUUUUCUUCCAGCCUAUGUUGAUGCUUGGCAUCACUGUUGGGGUUGCCUUGAGCGUCGUUUUUCCUUAUUGGCUCAUUACUGUGCUCAUCAUCAUACUCUUCUUAGGUACAUCCUCAAGGUCUUUCUAUAAGGGAGUUGAAAUGUGGAAGGCAGAGACUAUCUUAAAGAAAGAACUUACCAGGCAACAAGAAAAUCUAGUUAAUUCCAGGGGUGAAUUGCAGAUAGAUGCAGAGUAUGUACCAUUGGUUCCAAAAGAAGAGAAAUCAAAACUGCAAAUACUAAGUUUCAAUCUAAGGUGGAAAAGGCUUUCGGUUCUGGCUACUGUUUGGGUCCUUUUCACACUUAUCCAAAUCAUCAAGAAUGAUUUGGUUGCUUGUAGCACUUUGUACUGGUUUCUGUUCUGCUUACAGUUCCCCGUAGCAUUUUUGGUUUUUGGAUAUGAAGCAACCAAAUUAUACAAAGAACACAAGAAGAGGAUGAGCACAGGGAACACAGAAGCAAUUUGUGAAGCUUCAAUUCAAUGGAGUCCAUUUAACAUUGCAUUUUGUGCACUCUGUGGCAUCUUGGGAGGCAUCGUUGGGGGCUUGCUUGGUUCUGGUGGAGGAUUCAUUUUGGGUCCUCUCCUCGUGGAGAUUGGUGUGAUUCCACAGGUGGCUAGCGCAACAGCAACAUUUGUAAUGAUGUUCUCUUCAUCCUUAUCCGUAGUGGAAUUCUAUUUGCUUAAGAGGUUCCCUAUCCCCUUUGCGUUGUACUUGAUGGGAGUAUCUGUUUUGGCUGGCUUCUGGGGACAGUAUUUUGUAAGAAAACUCGUAACAAUCCUUAAAAGAGCUUCACUUAUUGUAUUCAUCCUAUCUAGUGUCAUCUUUGCAAGUGCUCUCAUAAUGGGAGUCAUUGGCAUUGGGACAAGCAUUCGAAUGAUACAAAACCAUGAGUUCAUGGGAUUUUUUGAUUUUUGCAGCAGUCAAUGAUCAUUGACAAAGAUGCUUCAGAAGAUUGAAUAAAGGAUGGUGUGGAAAUUGACAAUUUAGGAAGGAAAGCAAGAAAGUUCUACAGGAUGGGCAAGAAACUCUCGAUUCUUCCCAAACACAGCUAGAGUUUAAGUUUAUAAUAAUGAAAAUCGGAUUUUGGCCAUCACCUUGUUGACCAACCCAACGUUCAGUGUCUGCAGACAAAAGUGUGGGUUGCGACUGUUAGCUCCUGGCUAACACCAACAACUCCAUGAUAUUCAUCCAACUGUCUGUUAAAGUGUCUGUCUGUCUUUCUGCAGACUUGUAUGGACUGAGAGUGUUAGCUCCUGGCUAACACCCCCUUCUUCAUUUAUCACACAUUACUUUCAGCAGCAGCAUUUCUGAAUUCCGUAUUGUGCAAUUGCAUAUUUGUUCAAGGUUUGGUAAAUUAAAACUAUAGUAUUCACCAUUUUGUGUUAUUUGAGCAAAUG